AUGGUCGCUCAGAAACGUUCAGAAGUCAAUGUCGGCCAAAUCCAAGCUCGUGGGGUUCAAAUUGGCAACCUCAUAGAGCGCGAGUUGGAACUAGCACCACACGUUGAAGAUGCCAUUGUCAACAACUUUGGCAGGGUGCAGGAUGAGGUGGUUCACCCAACAGAGUGGCUUGAUGAUGUUAGGGCGAAGCUUGCAGAGUUGCUGCAGAGGAACAGAUGUGAUGGUUUGCCGGAAGUUUGCGAUGUUGAACCCAUCAACAAUGGCUCCUACAAGACCGUCGUUAGGGCCUUAGGGGCCACCUGUUGGAAUACUGGGCACAUGGUCACCGAAGACCCUGCCGCAUUUGCAGCCAAGUGGUUAUAUCAAGGUGCUCCAGCGGGUCUGUCUCCGAGCAUAGACCUGAAAGGAGUGUGUGCUGAAGUUGAUGAUGAUUCACCAGAGUUAGACGAUGCAUCACCGGCAACCGACUUUGACACCUUCUCCAACUAUGACGGCGUCGAGACCAACCCUGACGAGGCAGCAGAAUUCCUGGGAGCAAUCCCAGUGUUGUCCAAACUGGGUUGUAUAGUCAAGGAGAAUAUCAACAUUGACACUGGCCAGGUGACCAAGAAGACACGUAUCAUCUUGGACUGCAAGAAAUCACUG